AUGGGCAGAGUCGAAGCUAGAGAAAGAAACAUGAGCCACCUGGACUGCUCCGAGGGAGAAGCUGAGCACCUCCAAGACUUGGGAUGGUAUCAUGGAAGUCUCACUCGCCAUGCAGCAGAAGCACUUCUUCUCUCAAAUGGAAAGGACGGAAGUUACCUCUUAAGAAAUAGUAAUGAAAGGAGCGGCCUAUACUCUCUUUCAGUGAGAGCCAAAGAGUCUGUCAAACAUUUUCACGUGGAAUACACAGGCUAUUCAUUCAAGUUUGGUUUCAAUGAAUUCUUGAGUUUGAAGGAGUUUGUCAAUCAUUUCGCAAACCAGCCUCUGAUUGGAAGUGAAACAGGGACUCUGAUAGUUCUGAAACAUCCGUAUCCGUGCCAGGUGGAAGAGCCAUCCAUCUACGAAUCGGUCAGGGUUCAUACAGCGAUGCAAACGGGAAGGACAGAGAGUGACCUGGUACCCACAGCUCCUUCACUUGGCACCAAAGAAGGAUACCUAACAAAACAAGGAGGACUAGUGAAGACUUGGAAAACCAGGUGGUUCACUUUGCAUAGGAAUGAACUGAAAUACUUCAAAGACCAAAUGACACCAGAGCCAAUUCGGACACUAGAUCUAACCGAAUGCUCGGCUGUACAAUUUGAUUACACACAGGAAAAAGUCAACUGUUUCUGCUUAGUAUUUCCAUAUAGAACUUUUUAUUUAUGUGCAAAAACAGGAGUGGAAGCAGAUGAAUGGAUUAAGAUACUACGAUGGAAAAUGUCACAAAUAAAGAAGCAGCUGGGACAGGAUGGGGGCACCAUGAGGUCUCAGUCCUUCUUUUUUCAGCAGCCCCUUUCUGGCAAGUGAUGCUCACUCUUCCCCAGGGGCGAGCUGUUCCAUGAUGUUGUAAAUGCUGAUGGACUUACCAGGAAAUCUGACUCCAAGGACAAAGAACAGUUGCUUGGCUGGGUUCUUUGACAAUAUGACACUUUGGCUGAGCCAUGGAAAUGGCUGCCCUGUCCAGAUACUACUAUCUCCUGGAGUUGGCAUACUCAGUCAUCAUUUUGAUGGAAACAUGCAUUUGACAAUAAUAAAAAUAGCUCACUUUUAUACAGUGCUUUCACUUUUGCAAAGCACUCCACACACUCUUGUUUUAUCAUUGCAAUGCUCCUGUGAAAUAGGUGCUGCCAGUAUUCCCUUUUUCAGAUGAGAAAACAGAGGCUCCAAGAAAUUAUCACUUGCCCAGAUUCAUGCAGCUAGUUAAUUGUCCAAGGGAGAAUCUGGAUCCGGAGGGCUUGGACUGUAAGUCUCAUGCCCAAUCUGCUAUGGAAUGUUGCCUUAAAACUUUGGAUACUACAGCAAAAAAAAAAAAAAAAAAAAAAAAAGACAGAAACUUCUCAAGGCAAAUGUUCUUUUCUUUCUAGUUGUGACUACCAAGCUUGGCAGAAUGACAGUUGGCAUACUUCUGCCGACAGUUUAUCAACUACCUACUCUCUGGGAGUAUGAUAGAUGCUCUGGGGAACAUGGCUCUUUUCCUCUCAAUGUUAUUGUUGUUUAGGCGUUUCGUUCAUGUCUGACUCUUCAUGACCCCAUUUGGAGUUUUCUUGGCAAAAAUACUAGGGUGGUUUCACAAUUCCUUUUAGGACAAUAGAAUAAACAUUUAUUGAGUGCCUACAGAGUUCAGAGUAUAUUGCCAUGGGAAUGAGAGCUAGUAUAUGUAAAAAAAUAUCUUUUGGAUAAAAAAGCAAAAACAUUUUCAAAAAUUAAAACCUGAAAACUAUGACAAGUUAGUUUAUAGCUUUGAGUUCUUCUGGGCCACUCUUUUGUGAGGACAGUAAAAUAAAACAAGGCAAAAAUUUAUGUUUUUCUGUGGUCUGUUGUAUGCAGUUGGAAAGUAAAAAGAAUCAGAAAUCAACAAAUUAAGUAGCAUGUUGCUUGAACUUGACUAUAUCAAAAAGAAGAGACCCAUUAUAAACAUGGCUGACACUCCGUGACUGAAAUCUGUAGUAAGCUAAAGUUUUUAUUAUUUAGAAUUUCCUCCCUCAGAGUGGACCUAGUGGAAAAUGGUUCUGAUUGGUUCCAAUCCUGCCAUUGAUUGCCUUUGUGAACUUGGGCAAGUCAGUUACUUCUCUGGGCCUCAGUUUCUUUCUCUGUAAACCAUGGUUGAGCCAGAUGAAAAGUCCUUUUGAGCUCUAAUGACCCCAUAGUUUUGGUAUUAACCCCAAAACAUUAGAAAAGGAUUCCUAAGUACCACUAGAACUCUUUCUCUAAUGCAGCCACCAACAAGGAGCUCAAACCAGGCUUGCUGUUACAGAGAAUUUCAGGAUAUUUACAAUAAAAAUUGGCUUACAGAACACUUUAGGGUUAAGAAAGGGCAGCUUGAACAGGGUGGAGAGAAAAUGUUGGAUUUAGAGUCCUGGGUGUCCACAAAGGAGGCACCUCACUGACUUUCCCUCUAAAGGGAAGGCGUUGGCCUAGAUAGAUCUCUAAGGCCCCUUCCGGCUCUAAAUCCAGUAUUCUCUGAUUCCAAGAGUGCUGCUGACAUAAAACUCAGAGGUUAAGUAACAAUCUAGUCCUUUCCAUUAACUUUGGCACUUUCCUUUAGCUAGGAAGCAAAUCACAAGGUGAAUUUUGGAAUGAAAAGCUUUUAGUCUAGUGGAGUUUGGCUCAGCCUGGACAAUGGAGCCUUGCUGUGGGUGAGGCUAGGCUUUAUUUUCAGGCUGUUCUCUCCUAUUAACUGCCUGAGAGAGGGACUCAUGCCGACCCAGGAUUCUGCACAUUAAAGCAAAGCUUCAAUGGUUUUUUGUUGUUUUUUUUUUGGGGGGGGGGGGGGGGGGAAUUACAGGAAAUGCUGAGAUAAAUCAAAUGUCAAGCAGUACUCAGUUGAGGAAAGCUUAAAAUACAAGAAAUUGAGUAAGCGUGGAUAUAGACCCAGAGAAGUUAGCUUUUUAAAAAACCUCUAGGUGAUCAGGUGAAAAAGGAAUGGUUUUUAUGUGGGCAAUAAUGUUUUAGAAUUGUGAAUGGCUAUUUUUAUAGGAUGUCAUGUAUUUAUUUAUGUACUUUUGCUCUGCUUAUUAAAACAGCAUUAUUUUCCAACAUGUGUAUGUAUCAUGUGGCUUUGUUCUUAAUAUUUACUUAUUAAAAAAACAACCGAUAACAAUUCACAUCCUACAGGUCUUUAAGGUUACAAAUCAAUUGUCUAAGCUUUGU